UUCCCCCUUCCCCUUUUCUUUUUCUCUCUCUUUCUUUUCUCCCCUUUUCCCUCGUCACGUCACUUCUUGCCCCCCAAAUAUUUUCUUUUCUUCUCUCUCCCUCUCUUCUCUUUUCGGUUCCGGUUCCGAAUCGCCUAGGGUUUCUUGGAUUGCUCUCUCUCUCUCUAGAAUCCUCUAUUUCUUUCUCAACGAGCGCCUCCUCCCUACGCCGUCUCCGAUCUCCUGCUUUCCGGGACUUGAUCCGCGCGACGCCCUCCGUUCCACGGCCACUCCGAUUCGGAGCUUCGAUCGAGCGCUCGUCGCCGUCGAUCAGUUCCCGCUCUUCUUCUUCUUCUUCUUCCGAUCUCUUUAUUGUUUUUUGUGGCUUGAGAGAGCGAGACAGAUAGAGGGAGGGGGGAAAUGGUGAGGGGGAAGACGCGGAUGAAGAGGAUAGAGAACAACACGAGCAGGCAGGUGACGUUCUCGAAGCGCAGGAAUGGGCUGCUGAAGAAGGCCUUCGAGCUCUCCGUCCUCUGCGACGCCGAGGUUGCACUCAUCAUCGUCUUCCCGAGGGGCAAGCUCUACGAGUUCUCGAGCUCGACAAGACGGCCUCCUAAACGUAGCGUGAGAAUCUUAUGCUUCGCGUGCACCUUCGCGAACCUGGCCAACGGCGAGCCCAGGUUCCACGCGAUGAAGCUCGGGGGCUGACGGACUUGAGCUUCUUGAACUAGUCGAAGAAGCCUUGGGGAGUGCGCUCCUCGAUGGACGGCGACUCGUUCGCAAGCGUGAAGUUGGGGAAGUUGAAGCCCUCGAAGAUCGAUCUGGCCACGAACGAUUCGAUGGAAAAGUGUCGGUGGCCAAGCUUCGCGAACCUCGCUCGCGACUCGAUGAGUCGGAUGGCCUCAUCGAGGUUCCAGUUCGCUGCCUCCAUCUCGCGAGCCAUGGCUUUCCCGAAGUGCCUCACGGAUGUAGUGGAGAACUUGGACGAAGUGGGUCGGGCUUAACGACGCGAGCUUGAAGCCGUCAAACAGGGGCAAGACGCCGCUCGGAGAUGAACUGGAACUGAAAAGCUUGAAGCUGUCAAACAGGGGCAAGACGCCGCUCGGAGAUGAAUUGGAAUUGAAAAUUUUGAAUUUAGUUGUCUAUUUGGAUGUAAAAUAUUCAUAUUGCUGUGUAUUGGCAGGAAAAAUGAAGGGCCAAUGUUCGGCUUCCGAAUAUUCGCGCCCAUUACGAAAAUGAAAAAAAAAAAAAAAAAAGAACCUGUUGGAACCUGGAACCGAUCCGGAACCUGUGACAGGGUAGGU